AUGGUGAUGAUAAGUCUGGGCUCGCUGGCGUCGUCGAGCUUGGGCUCUUUUGAUUUCGUGGGAGACGGAGAACGGGAUUUCGGUGUGGGAGCUUUGAUGAGCUCGGGCUUCCGAAUUGUUCCUCCUGAAGAUCUCCUAGACGAAAGAUUCUCAACUAUUCGGACUGGAUAUUCGGAGGGAGUUGGUGAUGACGAUGACGAUGAUGUUAAAUUUGUUAAAUUCGGAUUUGGAUUUGGAUUUGGAUUUGGAUUUGGUGGUUUGGUGAUGCAAGGCAAGCAGGCUGAGAGGCUGACGAACGACGAGAACCGACUAGACCCACUUUGGGGAGAUGUGGAUGUGGAUGUGGAUUUCCUCCUAGCUUGA